CUUUAAUUUUCCAUGAAUGUGUAAAAUUCAACAAACCAGUGUUUGUGCUUUGUUAUGAGUUUAUAAUAAUCGUGCGUUUUACAUAGUUAGUAAUUAAGUAAAAUGGCAGAUUUUGAUGCUAUAUACCCCGACGAGACUGAGAGUGAGGAGAAUAUAGAGGAAACACAUGUGACGUUAGUGCCUGAUCCCAUUGUCGUCCGUGGAGCUGGUAACAUGACAGUUUUUGGCUUGAGCAACCGCUUCAACACAGAGUUUCCUUCUGGACUCCAGUCACGAGUUGCCCCAGAGGAGUAUCAAGCGACAGUAGCUCGAAUCAACAGCGUGUUGAAGAAGACACUUCCUGUUAAUGUCAAAUGGCUAUUCUGCGGCUGUGUUUGCUGCUGCUGCACCCUAGGAUGCUCUCUAUGGCCAGUUAUUUGUCUUAGUAAAAGGACUCAACACUCCUUAAACAAAUUAUUAGAAUGGGAGAACAGUCGCCUCUACAACAAACUGGGUCUUCGCUGGCGCCUCACGAAGCAACAUUGCGACUCCUCCUCCAUGAUGGAGUAUGUACUUCUUAUAGAAUUCAUACCCAAAAUACCCAUAUACAGGCCAGAUUAGAUACAAAAGAGACCGAAGUCCUCUGUAUAGGCACAUUAUUGAUCUGUAAAUAUAAUAAGAUAAAAAAUGUAAAAUUUACUAACAUUGCAUCUCUGGUAAAUUGAUGUGGCUACUACCGAUUUAGCGCUAUUUAACGCAGGGUAAAGAUGUCAUUGUUAUUGAAAUGUAGCACAAAACACCUUCUCCUUGUUUCAAACUUAUUGUUAAUGAUAACUAAUGAUUUGUAAUAUGACAAUACCAAGAUAUUCUGUAAAAUCAAUGUUCUAUAAGCAAAUAAUAAGUGCAG